GACGUCAGGUAUAUGAAGCUUAACCUUGACGGUGAUUGGUUAAUUUAUUUUGUGACGUCAUAUGUUUACAUUUUCAAAAACCUGCCCUCGCGUGUCUCUGUUUCCUGUGACCAUUUGUCCAGCCCAUUGAGAUUCAGGAGUAACAAUGGGAGGCCUAGCAAGCAAACACAUGGAGGACAUUUUCAAGGCUCCAGGGACUCCCCAAAAUACUCAUGUUUUGCCUGGGGAUCCUCGUUCACCAUCUGAUUACAUAUCGAGGACUCCUAUUGCUGUAACCAACACUCCAGACAGCAGUAAUGAUGGCACGCCACGUCUGAAAGUGCUCGCUAGUGAUCCUCGCUCUCCUAACACAGAUGUGAACCGGACUCCUAUUGUUGUUGAGACCAACACUGAGCGUCGUCGUCCUUUUCAUCUCAAACCUUCCAGACUCGAGCAGCUUGAGUCUGUAUCAAGCACUUCUAAUGGGAGCAAUGACACUGAAAAUGAUCCUAGGUCACCUACAACAAAAGUUCCCAGAACACCUUUGGAUGAAAAAGAACAUGUUUUUGAUACAGAACCCAUUACACAAAAUGACAGUGAAAACAGUGCAGACCAAUAUAGUACUGAAGUUGAAGAGGCAGCAGCCAGUGAAAACAUGGAUGACCAGGAGAAAUCUUUGGUGAAAAAGCUUUUCCCAUGUGGUGGAUCGACAGACAAGAUGCGCCGUCCACUAACUUCAGUGCAGAAUACUGCAUCUAAUAACACACCUCGUGGCCGCCUUCAAGCUAAGCAAUGCAAAAAUGUUGAGGAGGAAUAUAACAAAAGUCAAAAGGUUAUUCUUGAUCAAUUGUCCCAGGAAAAUACUGUUGUAGCUUCCAGCACACAAUUUGUUGAAAGUAUUUGAUAUGUUAAAGUUCUUGAAAUAUAAGAAAUAAUUUUUGUGUGUGUUGCUUUAGGUUGUUAAAUUAUAAUCAUAAGACUAUAAUAGCUUAGCUAAAGAAAGAGUCAAUGCUUUGCCAAUUGAAUUUUUUAAGUCAGUUAUAAUGACAUGGAAGAUUCAAAACAAAGAUUUGGGACCAAGUUAAUACAGUACUACAAAACUUUUUAUACUCUUCAAUAUAUCCCUUGAUUUUCCACGAUUCAUUUUAAUUAUAUAACUCUCUCGGUACCCAGGCAAGUAUCCAUCUAACCUCCAAAAUGAUCAAUUCAAGUCUACCACAGAUAUGUUUAUAGUGUAGAGAAUUUUUUUGUGGUGGUUAAAUACAAGAGGAUAAAUGACAAGUGCCAUGCAGAUUCAGUUUGCAAAAAAAAAAAAAAAAAAAAAAAUUAAUAUGUACAUAUACGGUUUUCUCUCCCACUUGGUAAAGCAAAAUAGUUUAAUUUUGUUAUACAGUAGUACAGUAUAUAAUUUUUUCAUGGCUGACAUAGUAGCAUCUGAUAUAAUAUUUCAAAUUUUGUCUGUUGUGAUCAUUGUGUUUGUGUUUGCUAUUGAAUGACUUGGUUAAGUGUGAAAUUUGUAUACAGUACAGUAUACUGUCCACACUUAUGCAGUAUUACAUGCUGGAAAGAUUAUUUCUGUUCUUUGUUUUGUGUAGUUUCUCAAGUUUAACUAUCAGUAUGUUUACUUGUAUAGCCAUGCAUAUAGACCUGUAUUAGACACUCGACACUGACCAUAUAAUUUUUGUUUGCCAUUCUCGGGUUUAAUUCAUGGGAGCCAAAAGAUGUGCAGUUAGAUUAUGGAUCAACAUGUGGGAUUGUGAUAUAGUGUGAUACACUUCAUACUAUCCAAGGUGGUCAUUUGAUGGUCAUGUAAUUUAGAUGAAUGAAACAGAUAGAGAUGGAAAAUAUUGAAAUGCUGUAGGCAUUUUCCUGUUAAGUAUCCUGAUUUUACCCGACUCAAAUUGCUUAUUGAACUUUGCGUUUUCCUUUUGUUGACUUUUUAGUGGAUAAUCUUAUAAUCACAUGCUUUUUUUGUUUUAAUCAAACUAAUCUUAGCCUAAUUAACCAGGUUUGUUUGAAAGUGACUACUAAUGUGUUAAAAUUAACAUGAACAUUCUCCAUUGCAAUCCAGUCACAAUUUAUUUGAUCAGAAUAUAAGUUCUGACCCUAUCUAACUUAAGUUAGUUAUGACUUACUGAUUGUUAAUAGGAUUGUGAGUUAGGCUUGUGAGUGCUGAAGUAAUAACCGUAGUCAUUUACUUGAACAUCCCCCCCCCCCCCAUAAAAAAAAUUAUGCUGUGGUAAAUAUUUUUUUUUUAUGGUUGUCACUUUUAAAUUAUUAGACCAACAAUAACAAACUUGGAUAGCAUACACUCUGCAUCAGAAUAUUGGACUUGGGUCCAUACAGCACUGUACUUCUAUUGGACUCCAUUUAUCCUUUACACUAUAAGCUCCUCAUGGAUGAUGGCAUAUGCAAAAUGCUUGUAGACAUUUUGUGUCACAUAUUACUGUACAUGUAGUUGCUGUGAAAGGGUACUGCAGUUAUUUUGCAUUUAAGGGUCAGGGGACAAUAACUAGUACUGCUUUGCAUUUUGCCAGAGUUGACUCCGUAAUGAGGAACCGUGUAAAAUUACAAAAAUGAUAGCCUUUUGUUUAUCAUCGGAAUUUUUUCUUUGGUGUAUUAAAGGAGCUCCUUGUCUUCAAGCCACUCUUCUCAGCCAGGCUAUCAGUUUAAUGGACUCUUUCUUCAACUCACAAAUCACGAAGAUUAUGAGGUGAUCUGAUAGCUUCAUUACUUUCAUCCCCCUCAUAAAAAUACAGUAUGACUAAACUAAUUUUGUUUUGUUUUUCUUGUAAGAAUAAUGUAAAAGGUUCUUUUUAAAAUAAUAUUUUGAUUCACAUAUUUGACUCAUCUUAAUUAACUCUGGAUCUGUCCCCAUUUUAAUAUUGUAUAUACAACUCAGUCAUAAAUAAUGGAACAUUAAAUGUCUACAAUAUAUUGGAUUCUAUUUUACAUUCAUGUAUGACAGAAAAAUGGAAGGCUAUAUUAGAGAUGUUGUAUAAUAGUCCUUUUGUAUUACCAGGUUGUUCCACACUUUAAUCCGAUGUACAGGUCAUCAUAAAAUCUCGUCAACUUAUUUUACCCUUUCUUGAUUAUUUAAUUUUUUACUUUUUUUCGUGAUGUAUUGACACGUGUAUUCUUUUAAGCCUACAGUGGUGUCAGUUUUAUACUGGAUUGUAUUGUUUUUGUUGGUAUUAUCCAAUACAAUAAUUUACUCAAA